AAACGAAAUGAGCUAGGCGUGCAGAUGCUUUCGCGUCGGCUGCAUGCCCAGAUCUUCAAGAACGUGUCGUUCCCCCCGCCGGACCCACGCUACGUCCGUAUCGCACAGGGGCAUCUCGAGAUGCAUGGGCUGGACCCCUCGCAAGGCUCCGUCCUCCCAGACACGAACUUCGACCUCCCUCCCUUACAAGGCUCCACCAUUGAUGAACACUUCCACCGAAUCGGCGAUCGCGCCGCGCAUCCCUGGCUCGAGCUUGCUGUCACGCUCGCUGCGUCAACACUCCCGCCUCGUCCAGACCAGUGGGAGAUCCAGUCGGGGUGGACCAAAUACUACUAUCACGCAGACGGCUCCAGCUACAGCGAGCACGUCGACUUUCCCAUCCACGACGGGCAGCCUGAGGACAUGAUAGUCUUCGACGUGGAGACGAUGCCCAAUUACCACCCCUAUGCGAUCAUGGCGUGCGCUGCCUCACGUAACGGAUGGUAUGCUUGGAUAUCACCAUGGCUGUUGGGCGAGACUACCGAGCAGCAGCAUCUUAUUCCUUUCGGUGACACCACUGUUCCUCGUGUCAUAGUCGGUCACAACGUAUCUUACGAUCGCGCCCGGAUCAAGGACGAGUACCACAUUCAAGGCUCACAGAACCGGUUCCUCGACACGAUGGCAUUACACGUCGCCGUGAAGGGCAUCUCGUCUCACCAACGCCCGGCGUGGAUGAAAUAUCGCAAGUCCAAGCUGAAGGAACGCGAGCGGAAAGAGGAGGCGUACGAGGCCGACAGUCUCUCUCAGAUGUUGGACGCCCCGUCUGCGAGCGACGAGUCAGCCGACGGUGACGAAGAGAUGGCUUCUAAGCGCUGGGAGGACAUCACCUCCGCCAACUCGCUCGCUGACGUCGCGAAAUUGCACUGCGAUAUCGAGAUGGACAAAGAAAUUCGGAACGACUUCAUGACUCAGAAUCCGGAGACGAUCCGCCAGGGCAUUCAGGACUACCUGCACUAUUGUGCCGAGGACGUUUUCGUCACUCACUCUGUCUACUCACAUGUCCUCCCCGAAUUCCUCACUGUCUGUCCAAGCCCUGUGUCGUUCGCUGGCAUCCUUACGAUGGGAUCCAGCUUUCUGACGGUCAACGAGAGCUGGGAGAAGUAUCUGAGAGAUGCCGAGCGCACUUACCGAGAUUUGGAGGACAAGGUCAAGACCAGGUUGAUUGAUCUUGCCACCGAGGCGAAGGGCCUCAUGGAGACCGGAGGAUGGAAAGACGACGUCUGGCUGUCUCAGCUUGACUGGACGCCGAAGAUCGCUGGCGUGUCCAGAGGUAUCCUCAGCCCUGAGCAGGCCAAACCCCCUAAACGUCCCGCUGUCAUGUGGCCAAAAUGGUACUGGGACUUGACAAAGCCGAAGAAGGACACCCCUCCGGGCACGAUCGAUAUCACCUCCCGCAGUCGCAUUUCCCCCAUCCUCCUCAAACUUUCUUGGCAAGGGUGGCCUCUCUUCCACUCCCGCGAGCAUGGCUGGACCUUCCGUGUCCCGAAGAGCGCUCACUAUGUCACCAGGUCGGCGUCCGUUGACUUUCAUGACGCUGCGGACGACGUUCUGCAGAACAUGGCUCUCCAGGACGGAUUUGUGUUCUACAAGCUCCCGCACAAGGAUGGCGAGAGCGCGAAUGUCGGGAAUCCGCUCGCCAAGGCGUUCAUCAAGUUUUCGCAGGAUGGGACGCUCACGAGCCCGGGGACGGAAGCGAAGGACGCCCUCGACAUGAACGCGCAGUGCAGCUACUGGAUCAGCGCGCGCGAUCGGGUGCUGAACCAGAUGGUCGUCUGGCACAAGGCGCAGACGAUGGAGAUGGGCAUGGGCCAAGCUCCCGCGCAGAGCUCCGACGAUGCCGACGCCGAAAAGAAGUGGGGCAUCAUCGUCCCGCAGGUGAUCACCAUGGGCGCCGUCACCCGCCGCGCCAUCGAGAAGACCUGGCUCACCGCCAGCAACGCGAAGAAGAACCGCGUAGGCUCGGAGCUAAAGGCCAUGGUCCGUGCGCCGGACGGGUACGCCAUCGUCGGUGCGGACGUGGACUCCGAGGAGCUCUGGAUCUCCAGUGUGAUGGGCGAUGCUCAGUUCGGCCUGCAUGGUGCGACUGCGAUCGGGUGGAUGACGUUGGAGGGCACAAAGGCUGCCGGGACAGAUUUGCAUUCCAAGACCGCGGGCAUCCUGGGGAUCUCGCGCGACCAGGCAAAGGUCUUCAACUACUCGCGGAUCUACGGCGCGGGCAUGCGCCACGCCGUGCUGCUGCUUCUGCAGGCGAACGCCAGCAUGUUGCCCGACGAGGCGCAGAAGCUCGCGGAGCAGCUGUACGCGUCGACCAAGGGCAAGAACACGCACCGCGGGGACAUCUUCGGGCGCAAGUUCUGGUUCGGCGGGACGGAGAGCUUCGUGUUCAACAAGCUGGAGGAGAUCGCGCUCUCCGAUCGGCCCCAGACCCCGGCGCUGGGGUGCGGUGUGACCUACGCGCUGUCGAAGGAGUACUUGCCGGCGGAAUUUGGCUCGGACUACAUGCCGUCGCGGAUCAACUGGGUCGUCCAGUCUUCUGGCGUCGAUUAUCUGCACCUGCUCAUCGUGGCGAUGGAGCACCUGAUCGCGACGUACGACAUCGAGGCGCGUUACCUCAUCUCGGUGCACGACGAGCUGCGGUACCUCGUGAAGGAGGAGGACCGGUAUCGCGCGGCUCUGGCGUUGCAGAUCGCGAACUUGUGGACGCGCAGCCAGUUUGCGUACAAGCUGGGGAUGGACGACCUGCCGCAGGGCGUGGCGUUCUUCUCCGCCGUGGACGUCGACCACGUCCUGCGCAAGGAGACGGACAUGCCGUGCGUGACCCCGUCGCAGCCCGACCCGAUACCGCCCGGGGAGUGCUUGGACAUCCAGAAGACGCUCGACUUGACGAACGGAGGGUCGCUGUUGCGCGGCGGACGCCCGAUGAAGGAGUUUGUGCAGGCAGAGGCCAACGAAUUCUCGAGUAACUACCCACAGCCGGACUGCUUGCAGUACCGCGCCGAGAGCGCGGCGUUUUUGCAGGCGCAGGCGACGAACGAGUUUGCGGAGGUGAAGCACCUAGCGCAACAGGUGACGGGGAAUAAGUUCGAGGGAGGCAUCGGAGGGGAAAAGAGGAAGCACAAACGCACCAAGGCGCGCACGCCUGAAACGAAGCUUGGCGAUGGGGAGGGGGUGGACUGGACCGAGGCGGUUGAAAAGUACUUUAGAGAGGAGUUGGAGCGGCAUCCGGUUUCUUAGAUCAUCUUUGGGGAAGGGCUUAUCCUGAUAUAUAAUGUACUCGGAGCGCAGUAUACGGUAUAUUCGUGUAAUGGAUGUUGGCACAGC